UCCUCUAUCGUUUCCAUGAAUUCCGAUGGAUCCAACUCCGGUGGGAAGAGACGAGAGAAUCGUGCAAAGAUUGUGAAGAAGCUCGCGAGUGGUGAAGAUGACUCGAGAAACAACAAGGCUUCAAAGAGAAGAAGAGAAGGCAAAGCUACUGAUGAUGAUAGUGAGCCUCCUGUUAAGAAAGUAGCUUCUACAGAGACAACAAGGAUUGAACAAGUCAAAACAUCAGAUUCUUACUUGUCUAAGACAAGAUUUGAUCAGUUCCCACUGUCUCCCUUAUCUCUAAAAGCAAUUGAGGAUGCUGGAUUUAAGACAAUGACUUUUGUGCAAGAGGCUACUCUUCCUAUCAUUCUCAAAGGUAAAGAUGUCUUAGCUAAGGCCAAAACAGGCACUGGGAAAACAGUUGCAUAUUUGCUUCCAUCAAUAGAAGCUGUUAUUAAAUCUCCUCCUGUAAGCGGGGAUACUAGGCGACCCCAAAUUAUUGUGCUUGUGGUAUGUCCUACUCGGGAACUUGCUUGUCAAGCUGCUGCAGAAGCAAAGACCCUGCUCAAGUAUCACUCAUCUAUUGGUGUUGAUGUUGUGAUUGGAGGUACAAAGCUUCGAGCUGAGCAAAGGCGUAUGGCAAAACGUCCUUGCCGGAUUCUUGUGGCUACACCUGGAAGGCUAAUAGACCAUAUUGACAACACUAAUGGAUUUGCAUCAAGGUUGAGAGGUGUAAAAGUCCUUGUGCUUGAUGAAGCUGAUCAUCUCUUGGACAUGGGUUUCCGAAGUGAUAUUGAGAGGAUAAUCACCCGUGUUCCUAAGAAGAGACAAACAUUUUUGUUUUCUGCCACGGUACCUGAAGAGGUCCGCCAAAUAUGCCAUGUCGCUUUGAAACAAGAUCAUGAGUUCGUCAAUUGUGUUCAAGAGGGUAGUGAUGAGACACAUCAAGAGGUCACACAAAUGUAUAUGAUAGCAUCACUGGAUAGACAUUUCUCGCUCAUAUACAUGCUCCUUAAAAGACACAUUGCAGAUAAUGUGGACUAUAAGGUAAUUAUUUUCUGCACAGCUGCCAUGGUUACAAGAUUGGUGGCUAAUUUGCUUGAUCAGCUAAGCCUGAACGUCAGAGAGAUCCAUUCUAGAAAACCGCAGGGUUACAGAACCAGAGUUUCUGAUGAGUUUCGCAAAUCCAAGAAUAUUAUCCUUGUUACAUCUGAUUUAUCUGCUCGUGGUGUUGAUUACCCUGAUGUGUCACUAAUAGUACAGAUGGGAUUACCAUCAGACAGGAAACAAUACAUACAUAGACUUGGCAGAACCGGGCGGGAAGGUAAGGAAGGGGAAGGUGUACUUUUGUUAGCACCUUGGGAAGAGUACUUUCUUUCAUCUGUUAAAGACUUGCCCAUCACCAAGUCUUCUUUGCCUCCGGUAAACCCUAAGGAAGUGAAAAAGGUGAAGAAGGCGCUUAGCCAAGUGGAUAUGACGAUCAAGGAGGCAGCGUAUCAGGCUUGGUUGGGUUACUACAAAUGUCAGGAGAAAAUUGCAAGAGACACGACUAGACUGGUGGAGUUGGCCAAUGAGUUCAGUCGCAGUAUGGGACUCAGCAUCCCUCCCGCUAUCCCUGCAAACGUUCUUGACAAGAUGGGUCUCAAAGACGUUCCUGGUCUUAGAGCAGCUCCUGGUUUUGACGAGAACAAAUAAAUAAGAAACUAUCGUUCUAGAUAUGGAUCUUUUCUCAAUAGCAUGUUUUGUUGCAAAACUUUUUUUUCUUUUGAUGCAUGUGUGAUCUUUUCUUAAUAGUAUGUUAUGUUUCAAAAGUUGUUAUUGGGUCGUUGUUUUCCGGCGAAAAAAGAAAAAAGAU